CUUAAUAUAAAAUUUUGCCAACACCUGAAGGUGUUUUCCCGACUUUGACCCUUGCAAGUUGCAAGAGUAUGAAAUGUUCGGUUACAAUCGAGCUUAGCCCUCCCUUUCCUUUUUUCAAAUUAACUGUAUGCACAAAUGUGAUCUAAAACAACUCUUAAUUUAGCCAAAUACAAUUUUUUAGUCAAAUUUUGAAACUGGAUUUUAAAAAAGAUACAAGUAUAUAUAAGAUAAAUUAAAUUUAUAAUUAGAAGCGUUUGCAAGCCAUUGACACACUGCUUCUACAGCAUACAUACAUACAUACAUUACAUAAAUUGAUUUGUUUUUAUAUAUGAGCAUCUUUGUUGUACACAUUAUUGUACAGGCUUUAAAUAAAUAUUUGCACAAAAGUGUCUAAAUAUUGCAAUAUGCAUAUAGGGAUUACUACCAUAAAUGUGUAUGUAUGUAUGUAUUUACAUAUCGACUCGAUUAUUGGUUUUAUAUAAAUACACAUACAUAUACCAUUCAUACGUAAAUGGUACAUAAAUGCACAUAUACAUGUGCUACUUUUUAUAUAUGAAGAAAGUAUAAAAUUUAUGAUCUUGUAACAAAUAUAUUUCUCAAACAAACAAACAUACAUACAUUAUGUUAGCACGUUCCUGAUUGCGCGAAUAAAAACUGCAAUAACCCCUGUAGGCCUUUAUGUACUUGAGAUCAAAUUGUCAUCGCAGAUAUUAUCAUGUUGACAAGUUUCUUCGUUAAUUCAUUAACAUGCACAACUCCUUGUUCUAUUAAGUGAAAGAGCCCCUGAUCUGCUGAACUUGUUUUUGUUUAAUUAAAACGAAUCGCAGUUUCAAAAUCAAAACGAAAUGCAUAUAAAAGUUAAAUACUGCAACGCAUUGUAAAUUCAUUAACUGAACAAGUCACAAGUCACCAGAUUUCCGUAACGUAAUUGUCUUCAAACGAAAAUAAUUCGGCAGUAAAGUAGAGACAAGCAGGAUGUCACGAAUUAGCUGGGCACCGUUAUUUGCAUGUGUUGUACUUUGCAUGCAAUCAGCAAUGGCGCAAAGAGCAGUUGGCUUUGAGCGCUGUCGCUUCGGUGAUUCGGUGUGCAACACAAAGAUUACCAACGAACUGCUACAAAAGUACGCCGAAACUGGUGUGCGUAUACUGCAUAUCCCGCCCUUCGAUCCAUUGCAUAUUAAGUCGCUUAUAUUGCCGCCAAAUCCAAAUGGUCUCAUAAAUGUACGCUUGUCCUUCACAGAUGUUGACAUACAUGGUUUGAAGAAUGCACAAAACAUCAAAAUCGACGGCUUUACACGCGAUGUCACCAGUCCGUUAUCACUGUCAUGCACCGUCCCGAAAGCAAGGUUUAGCGGUGCCUAUGAAGGCGAAGGCAAAAUUCUUGGCGUGAAUUUCAAAGGCAAAGGCAAUUGUGUAAUAGAGCUAUCUGAUAUAAACCUAACUUGCAAAAUAGACGCCAAAUUGGUGCAGAAGGGCGGCAAGAAUUACUUAGUAAUUAAAAAUGUAUCAUUGGUUAUGUCGAAACCGAAAAAUGUACAUUACCAAUUGGACGGACUCUACAAUGGCAACCCGGAAUUGAGCGCAACGGCGAACGAUUUCCUCAAUGCCAAUGCGGAUGAAAUUUUCGAAGGAAUGCGUUUGAAUUUACAAGAGACUUUUGCAUUGAUAGUACAUAAUUACAUGGAAAAAGUGUUUAAUGAAUGGGCAUACGAUGAUCUUUUCUUGCCCGAGUGAAGUAGUAUUAUAAUAAUUAUGAAGUGAUUAAUAUUUUUAUGCAUGUAAAUACAACAGCAAUAAAGCAGAAAAUGAAUAGACAAAAUAA